AUGUCUGCGAGAGAGCCCGAGACGUCGCCUGCUGCUGCUGCCGCUGAUAGCAAUGUAGCAGCUCCGACGGCGUCGAUUGCUGCUGCUGCUGCUGCCUCUGCCUCUGCCACCACCCUCACCUCCGCCAAACAAUCCUCCGUCCAGACCCAAGACCAAGACGGCCUGCCACCCGCCGACGAGUCCAACCCGCCGCCGCCGCCCUUCGAGCCGCUCUUCACCCUACUGACCAACACCACCACCAACGGCACCAUCCACCCGCGCGUGCAGUACCUCUUCUCCGACGACGACACCUCUGUCCUAGCCGACCCGCCGCCCCCCGCCAUCGCCGGCCCAGACGGCCACGCCCACCGCCCCGUGCUGGUCGACCUCGCCCCCUCGCCCGACGGCUCCAGCUGGACCGUCGCCUGGGCCUCGAGCCUCAGCCCGGACUUUGCCCUCACCACCUCGCGCCUCGAGCCCGCGCCCCAGCAGCAGCACGAGGCCGACGCUUCCUCGUCCGCUGCCCCGGGAGGCGUGCUGCGUCUCGAGGGCGUCGAGCGCGAGCCCGUCGAUGCCCGGCCCGAGAGCCUUCCCGGCUCUGCCUCGGGCAGCGGGACCGUUGGCAGGGAGGAUGUAGAUGCCCUGGCCGACGAGUUCCGCCGCAGGAUGGGCGUGCUGCGCAAAGUCGUUGGCGAGGCUGAGCGGCGCAAGGAGGUGGUCCAGCGCCACCACCACCACCAGCCCCAUCAGCCCGAUGGUGCCGAGAGCCGGUCUGCCGAGCCAGAUGGAAGCACACAAGACGGCGAGGCGGGCCCGGUCGUCGAGGCAAAGUGA